UAGAACAAGCUUGUAUAACCACAAUAAUGGUCAUAGAGAAGUUAGAAUAUGUAAAUUUUGUGACCGGUAUGUUACUGUUUGAGCAUUAUCAUUUGCUCAUCUUCUUUAGUAAAUAUGCUCCACACUUUUUGUUCCCAAAGUUUAGACAGGAUGGCUGAGAACAGACGCAUUUAAUAGCAAGCAGAAUUUUGACCAUUCAAUUCCUAUAACUAGUCAUGAUCAUUCUGGGUUACAAAUGUCUCCUUCAGAAAGCAUCAAAAAAGGUGUACAGGCACCAGACCGUUGCUAGAAGCGUUAGGGUAAACUCCAGUUUUGUCAAGCCAACCAGUGUGCUUCACUGCGAGGUUCCGAGCCUGUCAAGCCAGGGCUUUGGGGAUGUUUUAGUUUUUCCCUUUUGGUAUCUGUUAUGUAACUACUGUUUAGACUGAAUGUUUUUGUAAUGUACUAUUUAAUAGGGAUUAAGUCCCUGUCCUGAAUGAUUGUAUACAUUGUACAUACUGUCUUGGUAUUGAUUGUAUAUAUAUAUAUGAAAAGUCUUUUUGCAUGCAGACUGUCACAGCUCAUUGGACAUUGUCUAUUUACUGUUUUGGCUUCCGCCAUGCCCCUGUACUCUGUAUUACUGUAUUACUGUUAAGCAAGCCUUCGGUAAUCUCGGAUUACUGGCCGGUUACGGUGCUAAACCCAUAGGGGCGGGUUUGGGCUGUGACAAUGAGCUAGGGUGCAGGUUGCUCUUCAGGAAUAAAAAUCAAACCUCGGUCUUUGGAGUCAACAACAGCCUUUGGUUCAUUUCAGUAGCCUGAAUGAGAGUUGACUUAUUUCAGUUUAGGAUACUAAACCAGACUUCUCACCCGGUUCUGGGGCACAACCCAUGUGUGUGUGGAUUUGCAUCUUAAAGCAAGCCAGCAGUACUUGAAACAAAACAGCUGGAAAAUGUAUAAUUUGUCAGAAUUUGUUCAAUGAAGAGAUCUUGUGUUGAAAUCUUUUGAUGGUCGGUUGAAGUUGUCUAAUAUUGGACCACUAUCACUUGUGUGUUUGAUUCGUGGCAUUUUAAGGGAACAUUGAAUUUUUUUCCCCCCAUGACAAGGGAAGGUUGUUUACUAAUUGAGAUGUGGAACUCUACUUUAUUAGCAUUGCUAAUAAUUGAGAUGUAGGAUGGGAAUUUAUAUAUAUAUAUGUAUUUGUGUAUGGAAUAGUAAAUGUGUAAGCAAAACAUGAUUAAUUCAAGUGGUAUUGAAAGUCCAAAUAUUUUUUUGUUGGUGAGCAGCAUAAUUUUCCUAUGAAGGUUGUUAAAUAUACAUUAUUGUUAGCAAGUCAAGGUCCUUACUCCAAUCAUGUAUGAUCUUGCAACUAAUGAAUACUAUAUUAUUUUUCAUACUAUCAAACUUGGAGCCUCCAACUGAAUCGAUUUAAUUAGGAAGAUUCUGCAAAUUGAAAUAAUCUAAAGCAAAGAAAAACACACGAGGAUUUGAUGUCAAACCAUUCAUUUGUUCAAUUAAUUGAGUUAUCAGCAAAUGUUAAAUGAUCUUUUUUAGUGACUGGGCCAGCAGAUGACACCUCAAUUGUCAUGUGGGUUAGUGAAAGAUUCCUAAUUGUUGUUGAUAAUAUUUAUUCUUUUCAAUAUCUCAAGUUAUUACUAUUAGUUUAAGCACAAUAAUGAUAAUCAGAGAACAGAAUGCCCAAUGUAUAAAAAGGUUAGCAGGACCAUAGGGGGAGAACUUUUUUUAAAGGUUUCUUGCAUUAGCUUAAUCAUUACUUUCCUUUUAUAUCAUAAUCCAGUGAAUGUAUUCGAAGUAAGAGUACUUCUUGCAUAUAUAUAUUCUGUGUAGAGAUUCGAGUGUUCUCUGUUUCUAAACUUAUGCAACAGUGAAGGAGUGCUCUUGGGGAGAGAUUCACAGAGAUGAUGGGGCUGCAAUCUUGGAUGAAGAAGGAAUUACCCUUUGCAGUAAUGGUAAUGUUGGAGUUUGGCGAUGUGUGUACUAAAACACUAACCAAAGCAGCUAUGAAUACUGGGAUGAACAGCUUGGUUUUCGUCGUAUACCAUAAUGCUCUUGGCACCCUCAUUCUUCUUCCUCUUUUCAUCUUUCAUAGGCACAGCAGAACCCAGCAGCCUCCGCUCAGUUUCUCUCUCCUGUGCAGAUUCUCACUCCUUGGUCUACUUGGGACUUGUUUGGUGCAGAUAUGUUUAUUCACUGGAAUCAACUAUAGCUCCCCAACUCUGGCAGUUGCCCUGGGUAACCUAUUUCCGGCUUUUACAUUCUUGCUUGCAGUCCUUUUCAGGAUGGAGAAAUUUGAUUUGAGAAAACCAAGUAGACAAGCGAAAUCCUUGGGGACCAUUGUGGCAGUGUUAGGAGCAUUUGUGAUGACUCUUUAUAAAGGACCGCCACUGCUGGUGGCCAUCUUGCCUUCUAAUUUACCUCACCGGCUUCUUUUGUCACAAGAACAACCAAACUGGGUCCUUGGAGGGCUUUUCCUUGGAAUCUCUUGCCUUUCAUCUUCUAUAUGGAACAUUGUGCAGACAGCAACUAUUAAGGAGUAUCCAGAUGAAAUCACCGUAGUCUUUUUUUACUGCUUCUUUGGCACGAUCCAGUGUACAAUUUUCUCUCUCAUCUCUGAAAGAAAUCCAACUGCUUGGAUUCUAACACCUGGGGUCGAGAUGAUUUCUGUUGUGUUUUCAGCAAUAUAUGGUACUGUGUUCCGAACCAAUGCUCUGACAUGGUGCCUGCAUAAGAAGGGUCCCGUUUAUUUAGCCAUGUUCAAGCCCACAAAUGAUUAUUGCAGUGGUCUUUGAGCUCAUCUUCCUCGGCAAUGCACUUCAUCUUGGCAGUGUUAUUGGUGGAACCAAAAUUGCCUUUGGAUUCUACACUAUGAUGUGGGGAAAAGCUAAAAAGGAGGACAAUGCCUGUACAACAUGGGAAUCAUCUGCCCCAAACACCCCUUUCCUCCAAAAUAAUGUUGGGCAAGAGACAUAGAACAAGUUUGUAUAACGACAAUAAUGGUCACAGAAAAAUUAGAAUAUGAAAAUUGUGAAAUGCUAUGUACACAGAAAAAAUAACAGAAUAAUAUCUAGUGUGAAUCAUACCUAAAACGAAUAUGAUAUACACAUUUCAGAUUCGUAACAUUUUUCUAUUUUUUUACCCAGGUAUGUUACUGUUUAAAAAUUGUCACUUGUUUAAUAAAUAUGCUCAACACUUUUU